AAAACCAAAUGUACUGUUUUCCUCCUCAAAGCAAAGAAAACAAAGACAGUUUGUCGAAGAUAAGAAAGAGGGCUUAAUAAUUAGAUGGAAAGAGAGUGAGAGAAAAGGUGAAGAAAGAUGCUCCCGCUAAAGCUGGUACGCUCUCUAGUCUUUGGAGAAACCAUCAACAACAACCCUCUCCUUCUCCCCCAAAAUCAACAUGACGAAGAUCCCCACCACAACAACGACGAUGGCUACGAUGCUGACUCUAAUGCCAAAGAUGGCCAUCACAAACCGACAGAAGGAAGAAGCAAAACCAGCAAAUCGAGAACCCCAUUUCUCCUCUUCCUCCCAACCAAAGAGCUUGUCGCAGACACAUACAGACUGGCCACCAUAGCCAGAGACAUGGGCAUGGAUUUGCACCCAACCCCAUCUCUCUCCCACAUCAUUCUCUCAUAUCCACCACCGCCAUCGUCAUCGUCAUCAUCUCCAUCUUCAACAUCACCCUCAACAUAUUCAUGGUCAUCGUCAUCACUCUCAUCAACAUCUUUGCCCGACGACACUGUUCCCCUCCCUUUCCCUUCUCUCUCCACAGCCUCCAUUUCCCAUCUUCGCGCCUUUGUCAAGCUCUCCAAAGGCCUGUUCAAGCUGGUAUUUGUGCGCUCCAAUUGUAAAGCCACUGAGGCAACUAGUGAAAGCAAUUGGAAUUGCUCAUCAAUGUCGCUGGUUUCGCGGCUCACAGGAGACCGAAUUGACACAAUGGAAGGGUUUUCUCGGGCUUUGGCCGGACUGGGGUGGACCCUUUUCAAGACUAAAGAAAACCCAUCAGCGGAUUCGGGCCAUAGGCGAGUUUGCGGUGGCAAAUCGGUGUAUCUGUUUCGGAAGGUCGAUACAAACAGGGUUAGGGCUUGUACUGCAGGGGAGUGUAGGGUUCGGGAGUUGAGGUUGCCCCCAUUGGAUUUUAGUAAUGCCCCUUUGAGGAUUUUGCAAUACAUUCUCCUUAUGACGGAUGAUAUCUUCUAUCUCGCAUAAAUCAGAUAUUGGAACAUUGAUGGAAGCUUAACUCUAGCACUCUACGAUGAUGGGUCUCCAAAAUGGAUCACCGAUUGUUCCUUCAAAGAUAUGAUGUCUCGACAAAGGUACUUAUUUUGUUUUUCUAGAACCAUUUGAAAAUCUAUGAUGAGUUUUAUAAAAUUUUGCUGGCCAUUUGUAAAUGUAAGCUGUGAAUGGCUGAGGGAGGGUUCAGUGAAUGAAAUUUGUUUUAUGUUUUUUUGUACAACUCACCAUUUGUAAAUGUAAAUUGUGAAUGGGUGAGGGGGUUAUUUGAAUGAAAUUUUUUUUUAGUUGA